UCACUACAAGCAAUAAUGAAAAUACUGCUAGUCGAAAAGAGUGAAAUUUCACCUUUUUAAAAGAGUAAAGUUUUCACGCUUAUUUGGAGUGAUUCUUCAACUCUGAAAAGAGUGUCAUAUGUCAUAAAAUAAAACUAAUCAGUGAACACUCAGUGAUUUUUUAUCUAUAAUUAGUUCUUGCCUUUAGAUCGUCGUUGGAUUCAAGUGCAGAAACCAAUGAAAAUAUAUCGUAAUGAAAAAUCACUGAGCGCUCACUGAUCAGCUUUGUCUUCGCGGCCUAUGUGAUAUUCUAACCUAAAACCUUCUGAACACGCAGAACCGGGAAAUGGGAAGGCAAUUUCACUCUAAACAGAGCGAAGUUUGGAGCGCUUAUGUCUUCACUUUAAAAAUAAGAGUGAAACUCUUCACUUUUUAUCUUAAAGUGAACGAAGUCACUCUAUUGGAGUGAAUAUUUACUCCAUAGGAGUGAACUGGUCAGUAACUCGAUGAUUAGAGUGAAAAUCGGCUGGAUUUUCACUCCCAAAACUUUAGAGAGUAGAUAAUAUCUCGCAGAAAAAGAAGACCAAACACAUAAAUACAUUAAAAGGAUUGCCAUCAACAUCAGGGUUUGUGCCUAUUGCUAAUUAACUGCUAAUAACAGCUGUACAUUGGAUCCUAUGGAUAGUUCCAGUAUUAUAGAUAUACAUAUGCAAAAGAAUAACGAUCCGCUACAACAAGAAACUACAAAUAUUGCCAUGUCAAGAACACAAACGUUAUUGUCAAAAUCACAUUCAAUAAUUGACAAUAACAAGACGGUACAGUAUAGUAAUGUCAUAGCGAGGAAAACUUGUGAUAAAAAUAUGAAUUAUGAAGGUGACGAUUUAGAUGAUAUAAAUAUAGAAUCGCUUAUUGAACCUGUAGAACCUGUUCACUCACCAAUAUUUAUCCAAAUUAAUGAGAACGGUGAGAUAUUUAUAAAGACAAUUAUUCCCAGCAAACACAGUCAUAUAACAGUGAUAUUGCCAUAAUA